CUGAGAUUUCCAUCAACUUCUUCGAAUUCAAACACUUGUGGACCUUGACUCGAAAUGUCCGACAAUAGUGCUGCGCUAGCUUAAAUAGCGAGCUCAAAUCUCGUUUUCUUCAUCCCGAAGUUCACCUUUCUUUUCCAUAUUCCUAGGAAGGCCUCAUCAUGUCCAAUAAUGCUAGCGCCGCCGCCACUACGUCAGUGACAACCACACCUCCUCGCAAGUCCGAGUCUGGCUUGCCCGCCGACCUUAAGUCCACCCCACACGCAGUCGGCUCCGCUGUUGUCAGCGAACACAUCGACACUGUAGGCGUCGACGUCAGUGAUGUUCGUCCAUGGAUCGCUCGCGACGUCAGGAACUUCAAGAAAUGCGGGGCAGACGAAAUGCUGCAGCGGCUCCUCGAAAUGUGCGCAGAUCCUAACCAAUCCCUUCAUCCCAAUCAGAAGUCCACGUUACUCGAUACUUCCCUCGAGGCUGUCCUGCCCCUCUGCAAUGGGCCAGGUGUGGCGCAGAAGAUCAAGCAACACUUGACUAAUUUCUGUAAUAUCGAGAGCGAAACCCCGUCUUACUCUGAUUUCGUCGAGGCUGCCAAUCAUGCGCUUCGUGGACUGAGGAAGGUGAACGUACCUGGAAUGCCCGCUUUUCAAGACGACGAUGAAACCAAUAUCCUUUUUCAUGUGAAUGAUCCAUCGUUCAUACACCAAGAACAUCAGGGCGAGAAGUCCAGCCGCAAACCGGACAUCGUCGUCGUUUCUCACCAGACUGCCGCGGAUAUCAUACCGGAAGGAAAAUCCAAAGAUGUUUACCGGUCUGCGUGCAAGGCGCCCACCAAAGACCAUGAGAACUUCCAGUGGGUGGAUGUCCGAACGACAUUUGAGUUCAAACGCCCGAAGCCGCGUCUGCCUCAUCCACCGUCUGCUUACACUAAGGACUACGUGACUCCUAAUGUCCUAUAUAUGGAAUACAUGAAGAAAACGGACUCGUCCGAUCAGUCAACAGACUCGACGUCUACCACUGGUACUGCUCAGACCUCCCACAGUACCUCGAACGAGGUGCAAAAUAUAUCCCACCGACUCAGAAGCAACAAACGCGGCCCCGAUCAUUUACGCUCAAACGAGCCGUCCACCAGCAAACGAUCCAGGCAGGAUGACGAGAGGCAAUCCAAGCAGGAGGAGAGGGGGAACAAGAAAAAGAAGGGUCCGAACAAACACCAUCCUAUCAUCCAGAAUGGCUUGUAUGUUGCGGAGAUGUUCGCAGCUCAUACGGUGCGCCAGCACGUCAUCUCGUGUAUAGUAAACAACGAUAUCAUCUAUCUCUGGUGGUUUGAUCGUCAGCACACGAUUCAAUGCGCUGGCAUCAACUUCGUUCAGGACCUUCCACGCUUUGUGGUCUUGCUCUUCAUCAUGCAGCGCAUGGGAUACAAGCAGUGGGGCCUCCACCCGUUGUUUGAACCUGAACCUGGAUAUGAAGGCGAGAUUAUCGUCGAGUACGAGGACGACACGAACAAGGACGACCGGGAUAAGAAGGGCCAGAAUAAGAGGAAGCGCGUCGACCUUACACUGGAUUUGAGGUCUGAGAAACGCGCGACUCAUUUCGGUCUACGGGGACGUGCAACCACGGUCUUUCCCGUGAAGAGCAAGGCGCUGUCGGCUCUGCCGCGGCGUUCACAUUUCCUCAGCGAAUCCACCGAAUUGGUUGCCAAGCUCUUUUGGCCAGAAGAGGCACGCCAGAGCGAGCCCGAGAUCCUCGAAGAGGUCUACAAGAUUGCGAAUGAAGAUCCAGAUGUGUUGGGCCAUGUUCCAGAGAUGGUCUGGUUCCACAAGUUUGAAGACACUUCCACAGCGAUAAUCAGAAAGGCGCUAGGGAUCGACGACGCGGGCAGCCGGGUCCUAUACAUCAUCGUAUUCAGAAAGCUUGACCCAAUCACGACUCUGAGCGGUGAGGAGUUCCUCCUCGCAUGGUGGGAAGUCGUCAAGUGCCAUCGCGCGCUCUGGAAGAGGGGAGUGCAUCACCGCGACGUCAGUCCCAGUAAUCUCAUGGGAUACCGCUUACGCGGUCGAUUUAUGAGCGUCCUGAAUGAUUUCGAUUUAUCGUCGAUCAAAGAUUCCUUGUCCUCGAUUCAAGGCUCUCCCAAAGGCUUCGAGCGCACAGGAACGGUACCGUUCAUGGCGUUAGACCUUCUCAAGCCAGACGCCAUCGCAGGCCGAGUCGAGCACGUGUACCGUCAUGAUGCUGAAUCGUUCGUCUGGGUUCUCACCUGGAUCUGCCUUCGGUAUAAAAAGGGCAAGCUUCUCAGGAAGCGCAGACCACUGGAUGAAUGGCUGACGGUAGAUGCCAUGGGGUGCUUAGAAAAGAAAACGUGUUUUUUGGCAAUGCUGAGCACGAUGCGUCCAACGCGAUCACACGAAGGGAGUUUCAAAGUUGCCUUUGAGUGCUUAGACGUGAUCAUCAAAUCAAUAAGCCCAUCCGCGGCCGUUCUAGCGGACGAUGAAGUGUUCCAGACAUUGCUCCAGAACCAUGUGCCCCAGAAUGUACGUGAAGGCAAUAUUUCUCUUGUAGAUUAGGUAUGCUUGCAGCUGGGGCAGCGCCUCUGAAAUGUGAUUUACGUACUAUGUUGUAGAUUUGAUGUAUGAAACAAACAUCAUACACGGUGCCAUUCUUUUGUAUUUGCGUGUUCAA